AGAGUGCUCGUGUUGGGUUCACGAUGCUGCGCUCUUGUCGUCCGUCUCUCGGCUACUUCAAGCGGCCAGGUCGAAAGUCGCUCGAUGAGAUCUGCAAGCAGAGCCUCUUCGAGAUGGCCACGCCGCAGCAGGUGGCCACCAUCUGGAAUAACCAUCACAUUCAGUUUCUGCAGUACUGGGGACGAACCAUCUCCGCCGAGGCGUACUACGCGCUGGAGCCGCGCCUGAAGGCGUGCCCGUACUUCGUCAUUCCCAUUUUCCGUGACACAGGGCUGUUCAACGUGGUGACGAACUUCAAGGACGACCUGGUCGGUGUCGCCCCCCUCGGUGAGUGGCAGAAGAAGCAGGACGACGCGCAGAUUCACAUGACCGUUCAGUUCUUCACGGAGCUGGCGCGCAGCAAGCAACUAGUGCUGGUGCGGUGCGAAAUCAAAGACGAGGUCUUCAAGCGGGUCGACUGCAUCUUUCUCACGCAGAUGCUCUUGAAGUACUACACCUUCCCCCGGCUAUACGAGACGUGGGUGGAGACGUUCAACAAGCGUCCCGGUCAGUUUGACUACCACGCCUACCUGCGUGCAAUGAAGGACGAGGCGGGGAAGGACGACAUCCGCAUUGAGGACAAGAAAUCCGCGGCGCGCCACGACGCUUUUGGCCCGGUGAUCGACACCCCGCCCGAUGCGGUGGCGCAGAAGAUUCUGAGCACCCUGAACACUGGUGCCCCGCCGUCGUGA